UUUUUCUUUCUUUUUUUUUCUUCCAAAUAUCUGUCACUAGAUUUCAAUGACUAUGUUGACUAAAAUAGAUCACGUUUUGACCGGUGUGGAGUUUAUUUGACAGAAGUUUCUCCUAUACCUCUUUUUGUGCAGCUAAAGAAGGAGCUUUUCUGUAGCAGCUUUGCAGUGGACAAUGCUGACCUGAUUUCAGCAGAUGCUGGCUGAAGGCGUCAACCUGAGUCGGACAAGAAAUUCUGGGCAAACCAGCCGUAUCUUGUGUUGGAUCAUGACCGGGCCCAAGACUAUGGAGUCCCGGACCAAGCACGUGAAGGAAACGUGGGCAAAGCGCUGCCACCUGGUCUUGUACAUGAGCUCCGUCCAGAGCGACUUCCCCACCGUGAAACUCAACGUCAGCGAGGGACGAGAAAACCUGUAUCGGAAGACCGUGGGCGCCUUUGAGUACAUCUACGGGCGGCACCUGGACAACGCCGAAUGGUUCUUGAAAGCGGACGACGACACCUACGUGAUUGUGGAGAAUCUCCUCUACAUGUUGUCCGCUCUGGAUCCCGAGAAGCCUUUCUACCUGGGAAGAAGGUUUAAACCUUUUCUCCGCCAAGGCUAUAUGAGCGGCGGCGCCGGCUACGUCCUCAGCAAGGAAGCCCUGAGAAGAUAUAUCCGAGGUUUCAGGACAGGGGCGUGCGCCCACUUCUCUUCCACCGAGGACGUGGCUCUGGGCAAGUGUAUGGAGACCAUGGAGGUGGAGCCGCUGGAUACCAGAGACGUGAGAGCCCGGCAAACCUUCCAUCCUUUCCCUCCAGAGCUUCACUUGGUCAGACAGUUCCAAAAGACCCCUUGGUACCUGGCUUAUGAGCACUACCCUCCCGUUCAAGGUCCAGGGUGCUGUUCCGAUUUCGCCGUGUCCUUUCACUACAUUUACGGUGUUCGGCUCUAUGCUCUGGAGUACCUGGCAUACCAUCUGCGGCCGUAUGGAUACAAAUACAGAUUUAUUGCCAGGGAACAUAAAUAUUGGAACCAAAGCAAAAACCAAUUGUGAAACAUGCCGUGUAUUUGUUUCUGCCAACCACCUGAUUUCUUAAUGUUGCAUUCGGUGAGUUCCGCUUUGACACAAUUGUUACUUGCUGUCUCGUCAUUUCCAUGAGUCUGCUACGUGGAAAGAAUUUGACAAUAAAGCCGACUUUGCCGAUCGGUGCUUCUCAAA